AUGCACCAUCGAACUGUUCAGCGUCUUCUAUUGCUUCGUCAAAAGAAUUCAUGGUAUGCUACGCGGUAUACGUCGACAUUAGGCGUAUCUAUUCCAUCUAGUCAACACACACUUUAUCAGAUUUAUAAGCAACUUGUUGCUACUGGUACCGUGACGUACGACCCUUUUCAAGUGCAUGCUGUGCACCAAUUCGACGCAUUAUAUGACCAAGUUGUAAGUUACAAUGGUCCAAAAUUGAAUGCAAUUGAAACAACUUCAUCUUCGUGGUGGCAGAAACUAAUACGUAAAGAAGACAAGACGGUACACGAGCGAGGACAUGUACCAAAAGGUUUAUACGUUUAUGGUGGUGUAGGAUGUGGAAAGACAUUUGUAAUGGACAUGUUUUUUAACAGUGUACCAAUUGAAAAGAAGUUACGUGUUCAUUUUCAUGCAUUUAUGCUUGAUAUUCAUAAACGUAUGCACGAAUUGCGUCAAGAAGGUUUUCAUGAAGAUCCAAUUCCACAUAUUGCAGACAAUUUGUUGAAAACAAGUUGGUUAUUAUGCUUUGAUGAGUUUCAAGUUACAGACGUAGCAGAUGCUUUAAUCUUAAGAAGAUUAUUCUCUGCACUUCUUGCAAGGGGAUUUGUUAUGGUUGCGACGUCGAAUCGACCACCGUGUGAGUUGUACAAGAAUGGACUACAACGAGAAUUGUUUGUACCAUUUAUUCAUUUACUUCAAGAGCGCUGCAAUGUUGUGUCACUCGAAGAUUCGACGACAGACUACCGCGUAUUAAAGAGUGCUAAUCAUGUGGAAAAUGUCUACGAAUAUCCAAUUACUUUGAAAACACGUGCUGUAGUUAACAGUGAGUUUAUAACAUUUUGUCGUGGUGAAAAGAUUGUGACGACCUGUGUUACAACAUUGGGACGUCAAGUACAGAUUCCAGAGGCGGCUGUAGCUGCAGCUGUAUGUCGUUUUUCAUUUCAAGACUUGUGCGAUAAACCACUUGGUGCCGCAGAUUAUUUGGCAAUCGCAGACGUGUUUUCAAUUGUGUUUGUUACUGAGAUUCCAAUCCUCAAUGCUGAAAACCUGAACCAAGUGCGACGAUUUAUCACGUUUGUCGACUGCAUGUACGAUCGUGGUGUUCGACUGCAUUGUUUGGCUAUGGAAAGUCCUGAGCGACUUUAUCAAGUGGAUCGAAAGAUGAAAGCCCAUGUCGAUGAGGUCUUUGCAUUUGAUCGUACAGUUUCUCGCCUGCUUGAGAUGGGAAGUGAAGCAUAUUUACUCGCACAUGGAGGAAAACAAGAAGAAUUUCGAAAUUUGUCUCGUGCUCACUUACUUAUGGCGAAUAGUAACAUUGAAAGUGCUAGUGGAUUACCACAAAGUAAAGAAGAGGAUCAAGCGGAUGAAGAGCCAUGGGGCUGCAAGCAGUGGAAAUUAGAUCUGGAAUCUGAUCAUUUUUGA